CUUUCUUUUUUGUUUGUCCUAACAUCAAAACAAACCUUUUUCCUCGUCCUUUGUAAUGUUCUUCGCUAUGGCUUCUGGGAAGCUUAUUACUGCAUGUUCUUGGGUGGUUUUAGGUGUGAGUGUGAUAGUAGUGGCGAUGAUAGGGGGAGGUGAAGCUCAGCCGCAGGUUCCAUGUUUGUUCAUAUUUGGAGAUUCUUUGGUGGAUAAUGGGAACAACAACAACAUUAACUCUCUGGCUAAGGCUAAUUACCUUCCUUAUGGCAUUGAUUUCCCUAGAGGUCCUACUGGGAGAUUCUCCAAUGGUAAAACCACCGUUGAUGCUGUUGCUCAACUUCUUGGGUUCAACGAGGACGACAUUCCGCCGUAUGCGAGGGCUAGAGGCCAGCAAAUUCUUAGAGGAGUGAACUAUGCUUCUGCGGCUGCCGGAAUUAGAGACGAAACCGGCCAACAAUUGGGUGGAAGGACAAGCUUUUCUGGGCAGGUAAAUAACUACAAGACCACAGUAAGGCAACUGGUGCAACUGCUGGGGGAUGAGAACUCCACGGCAAAUUAUUUGAGCAAAUGCAUUUUCUCAGUGGGAGUUGGGAGCAAUGACUAUCUUAACAACUACUUCAUGCCUCUGUACUACUCCUCCAGCAGGCGGUACACUCCUCAGCAAUUUGCUGAUCUUCUUAUUCAGCAAUACACCCAGCAACUUCGGAUAUUGUACAACUAUGGAGCAAGGAAGUUUGCGUUGAUAGGAGUGGGGCAAAUCGGGUGCAGCCCAAAUGCUCUGGCCCAAAACAGCGCCGACGGCAAAACCUGCGUAAAAAGAAUCAACGACGCAAAUCAGAUGUUCAACAACAACCUCAGGCAACUCGUCGAUUCCUCAAACAGGAACACGCCGGAUGCAAAGUUCAUUUACAUAAAUGCCUACGGAAUUUUCCAGGACUUAAUUGACAACCCCUCAGCUUUUGGUUUUAAAGUGACGAAUGCGGGAUGUUGCGGUGUGGGGAGGAACAACGGCCAAAUUACUUGUCUACCCCUCCAGAAUCCGUGCCCCAACAGAAACGAAUACGUAUUUUGGGAUGCUUUUCAUCCAGGCGAAGCAGCGAAUAUCAUAGUCGGAAGAAGAUCUUACACCGCUCAAAAGCCGUCCGAUGCCUAUCCAUAUGACAUCAGCCGCCUUGCACAAGCUUGAAGAUCAUAUUAAGGAGAAAUCAAAUCACAAAAAUAUAUAUAAAUUUUUUACACCAAGUUAAUGAGGUGUAAUAUUGAUUUGUGUUAUUGAGUAUUGGUCUUAUUGUUCAAACUUCAAAUUCUGUAUUUUUAAAUUGAGAAAUGUAAUAUUUUUGUCUUCA